AAACCGGGCAACUUCUUCGAUUGUGCGUCGUUUGUCCUAUGGGACAUACCAAGCCAAUAUGUUUUUCAGUUUAUAGUUUUAGAAUUGUCCAUCAGAAUGUUUCGAUUUUGUGCUAUUUCCAAUCUUAAUGGAGAGGUGAAAUUUUCACAUUAUUUUGAGUCUGUUCUGUGUGCGGUAACCAACUUAGAGAGGGAUGUAGUACAGGAAUGCUUAAAAACAGGAGAAAAAGAGGGGCAAUUAAAGAGAUCUGAUUGCUUCGCUGUUUACAAACGAGAAGGUUUGCUGUGUAUUGUUAUUGGUGCGGUUCCUUCGGCCAACGCAAACAUUGCUUCCGAUCUGCUACAUGCUUUCGCAUUUAUCCUCACACACCACCUGAAGACCAAAACAGAGAUGCAAACAGUCCACAACAAGGAAAUAAUUCACAAGAUUUUAGGAGAGAUGGUCCAUGGAAGUGUACUGGAGACACGAAUUUCUCACAUCACAGCUCUUCACGACUUCCAAGCUCGGGAAGGCGAUGACAAUUAAUAAUUCAUGAUUAGUGAUAAUUUCCAAUCCAAUACACAUUAUCAUCGCAA